AUGGCCCGAUGUGAGCUUCAGAAGGAUAAGGAGGAUAACUUGGUUGAGCAGAAGGGAACAAACUUCUUCCUUCCAAAUGGCGCAUUGAUACCUUGGGAUUCUAGUCGGCCGAUACAACAUGUUGUGGCUUCCUUUCAGCCCUCAAGGGCUACGUCUAGUCAGGCGGCACUGGACGCCUCUCCGAGUUUCAAGGUGGGGUGUGGUUCGCUUCAGCCCUGGUAUCCCCCGGCUGUAUCUUCGCAGACGUUUGCGGGAGCAUAUGAGUCCGACCCGGCUGUUUGGAAGAGACAUGAGGCUUCUAAGCCUUACAAGGCUCCUGCAACUCCUCCAGCGUCAGCUUGGCGGGUACCAAAGAAAGUGUCAGCCUGCUACUAA